CCGGGAGCGAGGAGGCGGCCGCGGCGGGGGCCGCGCCGCGCCAUGGCCCAGCAGCAGAUGAGCAGCUCGCAGAAGGCGCUGAUGCUGGAGCUGAAGUCGCUGCAGGAGGAGCCGGUCGAGGGCUUCCGCAUCACCCUGGUCGACGAGUCCGACCUCUACAACUGGGAGGUGGCGAUCUUCGGGCCCCCCAACACGCUCUACGAGGGCGGGUACUUCAAGGCUCACAUUAAAUUUCCUAUUGACUAUCCAUAUUCACCACCUACCUUCAGAUUCCUGACCAAAAUGUGGCACCCCAACAUUUAUGAGAAUGGAGAUGUAUGUAUUUCAAUUCUUCACCCACCUGUAGAUGACCCACAAAGUGGAGAGCUACCAUCAGAGAGGUGGAACCCUACCCAAAAUGUCAGGACUAUCUUACUGAGUGUAAUCUCUUUGCUUAAUGAGCCCAACACAUUCUCCCCAGCCAAUGUGGAUGCGUCAGUCAUGUUCAGGAAAUGGAGGGACAGUAAAGGAAAAGACAAGGAGUAUGCCGAAAUCAUAAGGAAACAGGUUUUGGCUACCAAAGCUGAGGCAGAGAAGGAUGGCGUGAAGGUCCCCACUACACUGGCAGAGUACUGCAUCAAAACUAAAGUGCCUUCCAAUGACAACAGUUCAGAUUUGCUUUACGACGACUUGUACGACGAUGACAUUGACGAUGAAGACGAGGAGGAGGAGGAUGCCGACUGUUACGAUGAUGAUGAUUCUGGCAACGAGGAGUCGUGACCUGCUCCCUCUAUGCCCCUGUACUGCCCUGCCGACUCAGGCCAGAAGGGAGCAGCGGUAACCUAGCAGCAGUCCAGCAAAAAAGUGGGGGGGAGGGGUGUCAAAAAAAAAAAACAAAAAAAAAACAACAAAACAAAAAAAAAAAAAACCCAACACAAAACUUUGUCUCCUGCUGUCUCCUGUUGUAUGGAUCUGUUCGCUCCUUUUUUAUGGACCUCUUAGAGACCCUCCACAGAAUGUCUGAAUUCUUGCAUUCUUAACCCUUUCAUCACUGUAUUACAAUUUCUUUUUAAAAAAGAAACUCCCCUUUUCACUUCUCUACGAAAUGCUCACAGCAAAACAGGUUUGCUCGUGUUUAGAUUCUUGAAUUAAAUACAGUCUUGCAUUGAGAUGUUUAAUGUAUUUAAAGCUGGAACAAACCCAUUGGAAGCCGGGUUUUUUGGGAGCUCAAAGUGCUGCAUUUACUGGGAAGAAAAAAAAAUCCCCACGAAGCAAAUUGCCAAGGUUUAGCUGCUCCAUUUACAAUAAUAGCGUGUGUACAUUCGUUUAGCCUUGUGGUGGUGGCUUUUCCUUUAUAAGGUGUGGGGCGGAGAGUGUUAAAGCUACUGUGUGUUGAGCUUGAUGGGAUGUCACUGAAAGGUACAGUAUUCCUUUUCACCCUGCUAAGUUAGGAAAUAGCUGGCCCCUGGAGCCCCAGAGGGCACAAUCAGCUUUGGCUCUGGAAAAGGCUUGUGAUAUGAACUUAAAAUAAACACUUAACACUUCACAUCUGUACAA